AUGAACAGAUAACAUAAAUGUCCUCUCCCUGUUGGUGUUUACCCAGCACAUCUAAACUGUUCAUCAACCCUUUUUCGCUUGUCAACAAAUACCCCUGCAAUGCCAAGUGCUUUUACUGACAGCUGGAAAACACAUUUUAGAGGUCUGACUGUUGGGAUACCUGCACAGUGCAGACCUCUAUAUUUGGUACAGUCCCGCCUAAAAAACUUUUGGGGUCCAUUCAGCUACGGGCUGUCAGCAACAACACGUUUAUCCUUCCUGCGCCGUUUUCCUACAGCAGAACUGGGAAGAACCUUACCCGCUGUACACGGCGUAAUAUAUGUUUUUAUGCACGUUGAAAUGCGCACAAUGAUGACGCAAUGAAUGUUGACCUCAACGAGUUCGGAAGUGACUGUUGGUUGUCAUAACAACGGGCCGUGAAACCGGAAAAUGGCGUCCGAGGAAGGUAUUGAAGACUUGGGAGAAAUGUCGCAUGGCAGACUGGUCCCGCUGGCCGCUUCUGCUGCUGCUCCCAAUGUGUCACCGGAGCCCUACAGUCAGCCGGAUCCUGUGCGGGACUUCCGCAGGCAUCUCAGCAAGCUGAACAGUCUGCAGCCCUCCGACACUGAGGCUUUCCGCACGGAAAUCAACCUGUUGCUAGAUCAGCUCAUUUCCCAGGAUUAUUCGCAGGGAGCCCCGGGGAUAGGAGAGGAGUAUGAUCGACCCAGAGGGAGAGACCGCCAUAUCUGCCCACACCUAGACCAACGAUAUAGGUUGUUCCUGUGCAGCCAAUCUAGUCAGGAGGUUUGUGCCUUACUCGUUCAAGCUUGUCGCCUCGUUCAACUCAGCCAAGAACAUCUCGUCAGUAAAGUUUGCCAACUUAUACACUUUUUGCUGAACAGACUUCAGGUUAUUGUUGAUGAGAAGAAUUUGGAUUUUCUCCUUGGAUUUUCUACUUCUGCCUUGAAACAAUGUAGCUCCUGGGCCCAUGUUGAAAUUCUGCAUGCAGUAGCAGCACUAGUUUACAGCAAUGGGCCUAAUUGCCAGAAGUAUCUUCCAGAUUUGCUGGGGCCGACUGGGAUCCUUGUAAGGCUAUGUGAUGCCAGCAAGUCAGAUCCUGAGUUGUUGAGAGCUGCAGUUCACAGCAUGGCCAAUCUAUGCCUUUGUGUGCCCGGGCAACCAUACUUGGAUGAACCAUACCGAGUGACCUGCUUUAAAAUAUUUCUUACAAUGCUUCAGACCCCAAGAAUUAAUUCCACGGAUGAAAUAGCAAUAUGCAAUCUGCUGCAGAAUGCUUUAAAAGGUAUACAGUCUAUUUUAAAUGGUAGCAAAAUGUCAUUAGUGGAAACUGAUCAACUUGGAUCUCUACUCGCUGUACUCAAGAAAUAUAUGUUUCAUGGACUUCCUGGACUCAAUAUAGAAAUGCCUUCAGUUCUGUAUCCAGCUCCUCUACCUCAGUAUGAUGGGAGAUCUCUUACAAAAACAGAGCAAACUGAUGCAAAUACUGUUCGACCAACUUGGAAUAAAAAGAAGAAAUUCCGGGGUAAACAAAAGAGAGGCCAGCAGGAAGAAGAGAAGAAGGAUGAAACUGAGAUUGACUUGACAGAUGGACUGACACCUGCACUAGAAAAACUGAAGAUGGGUGCAUCAGAUGCAAAUUACAGUCCCUAUUUAGGGCCACAAAAAGCAAUAGGCAGAACUAAUGGGAAGGAGCCCGCAGCUUCACCUUCUUCAAGAUUUAAGAAACUGAACAGCAGUGACUCUGAAUAUUCUGAUGCAGAAGGUGGUUUGCAAAGUAAAAUAAGGUUUUUCCAAGCCAAAGUUCGACAAGGGGCAUUAUGCUGUUUUCUGUCUACAAUAAAGUCAAUUGAAAAGAAAGUUCUUUAUGGUUAUUGGUCAGCCUUCAUUUCAGAUAUGCCUGGAAUAGGGAGCCCACAGUCUGUGUCUCUGAUGACUGUAGUACUUAAGGACUAUUCGCCAAAGACGCGUGCAUGUGCCCUACAAGCUCUGUCUGCCAUAUUGGAUGGAUCAAAACUAUUUCUCUAUGUUGCUGAUGAUGUGAGUGAUCAUAAAAGAGCCUUCACUCCCUUUUCUGUCACCCUUGCUUCAAGUAUAAGGGAGCUUCAUAGAUGUCUGCUACUUGCAGUGGCUGCUGAAUCUUCAGCACAAACACUAACACAAAUAAUUAAGUGCCUUGCAAAUUUGGUAUCAAAUGCACCUUAUCAUCGGUUGAAAGCAGGAUUACUUACUAGAGUUUGGAACCACAUUAAACCUUAUAUUCGCAAUAAAGAUGUGAAUGUACGGGUCUCAAGUCUUACGUUAUUGGGUGCUAUUGUAUCUGCUCAGAUACCUUUACCUGAGGUGCAAACACUUUUGCGGCAACCACUUGUUUCACUGAUGUCCAAUAGUGGUUCUGCCACCCUUACUCGACUCAAUGAUCCAGAUUGGUGGAGAAAAGAAACCUUUUUGGAACCAGAAGGGAGAAUUGACCAAUCACAGGCUGAGCAGUCACAUACUGAGUCCUGUUGGCUAAUACGUUUGUGCAUUUCUUUGGUAAUUAAUCCGAGAGAAGACUCCAAUUCUGAUAGUGAUGUUAGCUCUGCAGCUACUGUUCAGUAUGAGCCCUCUCCUGUACGGCUAGAAGCAUUGCAGGUGUUGGCACGCCUUGUAAAGGGAUAUUUCACCAUGGCGCAGAGUUACCUCAUGGAGCUGGGAGAGGUGGCCUGCAAGUGUAUGCAGGAGUCUGAUGCCUCCAUUCAGCUACAUGGUGCCAAGCUUUUAGAAGAGUUGGGAACAGGCAUAGUCCAGCAGCAGAAGCCUGAUUCCUUGGUUCCUGCUUCUGAGAGAGUGACGGUCAGUCAGGCUGCAGCAUUUUGGAACAUGAUCCUGAGUGGUCCUUUGCCUGGAGCCCUACAGAAUGAGCAGCACCCUACUCUGCAGACAAGUGCCUGUGAUGCUCUGUCAUCGGUCUUGCCAGAAGCUUUCACUAAACUACCAAAUGACCGUCAGAUACUUUGUAUAACAUUGUUGCUUGGUCUGAACCACAGUGAAAAUCCACUGGUUAAGGCUGCAGCUGCACGAGCACUUGGUGUAUAUAUCCUGUUUCAGUGUCUCCGACAGGAUGUCAUGUUUGUGGCAGACACAGCUAAUGCAAUUUUGAUGACUCUUAAUGACAAAUCUCCAAAUGUUCGGGCCAAGGCUGCCUGGUCUCUGGGUAAUCUUACGGACACAUUAAUCGUUAAUAUGGAAUCUAUGGGGCAGAGUUUUCAGGAGGAAUUCUCGGAUCUGCUGCUCCUGAAAAUGCUGAGGUCAGCAACAGAGGCAUCCAAAGACAAAGAUAAGGUGAAGUGCAAUGCUGUUCGGGCUUUAGGAAACCUGCUCCACUUUUUGCAGCCAUACCACAUUGUAAAACCCAGGUUUGGUGAAAGCAUUGAGAGUUCAAUUCAGGCCCUUAUUGCAACUGUUCUUGGAGAUGGCACCAUGAAAGUGAAAUGGAAUGCUUGCUAUGCUUUAGGAAAUGUGUUUAAAAACACUGCCCUUCCUCUUGGUAAAGCUGUAUGGACUGCAGACGCUUAUAAUGCUCUCACCACUGUUGUGAAGUCAUGUAAGAAUUUCAAAGUCCGGAUUAAAUCGGCAAUGGCUCUCUCCACACCUUCAAGAAGAGAACAAUAUGGAACUAUUGAACAAUACUGCAAUAUCUGGAAUUCUUUGGUUAUGGCAUUGCAAAAGAGUGAGGACACUGAAGAUUUUCUGGAAUUCAAAUAUUGUGCUAGUUUACGCGCACAAAUCUGCCAAGCUUUAAUACACAUGUUGAGCAUGGCAAGCCUAGGAGAUCUACCUUGUAUUCGGAAGACCCUGCUGGAGACAGGAGACACAAUCAGGAAUUACAUAUUGCAGUAUGUCGAGUCGGGAGUAGAUAAAGAUGACACACAAGGAGAACAUGAAGAGAGGGAUCAAAUGCUUCAGAAGGCAAUUGAUCAAGUACGCAGUAUACAGGAAGCUCCAGUAGGUGCAAAAGUGAUUCCCGAGGUGGCUUUCUUAGAAGACAUUUUACUGAGUAGUGAGAAAAACAUAAAAGCUUAGCAGACCUCAGACAAUAGACUAAAAUGACGUUAAUGUACCGGGCUCCAUGUAUGAUACUGAAAUACAAAUACAGGGGUAUGUUCUGUAGGAAUAUGUUUUUAAACAUUUCAGCAUUACAGCCAACUGCUGCACUUUACAGGUAACAUUUCAUAUGUGAAUUUCACAAUUAAUUUGUACAACUUUAUGAAGUUUACACAUGGAAUUUGGGCUGGAGAGGUAUCAAACCGUGGAGUGAGAUAAAGUACCAACCAAUCGGCUUCUUUCACUUUAUAGGCAAAUUACAGGAGCUGUUUGGUUAGUUCUCUCUCUCUCCAAGCUUUGAUACAUCUUCCCCUUUGUUACAAAACAAGAUUAUCAUAAGAAUCUGGUUUUUGGAAUUUUUUUAGUGUAAUUUAACAGAUUUUAGAUUGGUCUUCCUCAUGAAUUGUCAAGACAUUUAUUAAAGCUCUCCUUUUAUAACUUCACUGUAUUCAAUAAAUUGUGUGGAGCAUUUUCUUAA